GUAUUGAGCAAAUCGAGCUUUAUUCUCAGUCGACCAAUCGGUUCUCUCCCGCGCCCAUGCAGUCCUAUCCUCCUCCUCCGUUUCCGCACUAUGGAGCGCCGUACGGAUACCCGCCGAACUAUCCUCCAUACCCAUACCCCUAUUGGAGCGCGCCACACACAUCAUACUUCCAACCUCCUCCACCACCACCACCACCUCUGCCGCCUCAUUUUCCAUUGCCGUCAUCGCAGCAGUAUUUUCAGCCGCACACGCAGCCUCAACUACCACUAGCACCACAGCCAGUACCACCGCCAGCAACAAUGCCAACAGUGCCCCCAACGAAAGAGAAAACGCGCAAGGUGGGCCAUUUCACGGAAGUCACCUUUGAAGCAGGCGUGGCCCACAGCAAGUCCCUCACGCCUUCUCUGAUUGCCAAGAAACCACGCAAAAAACGCCAAUCCGCAAAGGCGAAACGCCCUGCCUCAGACGCCAAGCAGCCCAAGCAGCCCAAGCAGCCCAAGCAGCCCAAGCAGUCCAAGCCGCUUGUGUUCAAAGAAUCCACGCUGUCGCCCUCAGAGCUGUCUUUCCGUACUGCUCCACUCCCGUUUGACGGGUUUCACAAGCCAGAUCAUAUCACGACUCUCUUAUUCAAACGGGCUGGAACCGAACCAGAAUUGGUGUUUAACGAACGACUCUCUCGCCUCGGCAAGAAACUCAUCCGCGCCAACAUUGGCUUUCUCUACUCUGCCCGCACCAUCCAGCGAUGGACUGACGGCCGCCUGUGGUCCAAAGCUUACAUCACGAAAGCCGGAUGGAAGGUAUAUCGUGAGGUCGAAAUCCUUGAAGACAAGGGCUCGACCAAACCGCCCAAAGCCCGCACUCUCGCUGGCGGCCUGUACAAGAAGGUGCUCUCAGGUCCAGAGCCGGACUCGGAACUUCGUUUAGUCAUUUAUACACGUACUGCGCCAGAUGUGCGAUGUACACUCGUCGCACCAGUCAAGGAUCCGACAGCGGGACAUUCGGAACCAUCGGAUGAAGAAGAGCUUGAUGAGCUUGAUGAUGAGACGCCCGACUCGUAAGAGGUGAUUACACUGAAUUUGCUUGUAUUAUUAUUACAACAUGAGAAAACAAAGCGCACUUGUCGAGAAACAGUUUUGAGC